GGAAGCGAUCUUUGGCUGAUGUGGACAUUUCAACGGGUGAGAUAAUCUCACGCUAAGUAACUAGCGACUUUCGAGCAACCAGGUGUCAAAGAAAUAUUUCAAAAACAAUGGAGCGAUGAACAUAUGUAGCGUUUGAACCAAACAUUUUUCAAUUUGUAAGAACUGAAAAAAAAUAAAAUAAAGCGAUCCACAAUGAUGUCAGAAUGCGAACCAAACGAGACCGAGCCGGUGGUGGCGGCUGACAUAGCCCCGGUAGCCGACGCUGCUACCACGGAUCUCAACUUUCGGUCACAGGAGCCACUGUCGACGUUGUUCGAUAGGAACACAGUCGGGUCUGGGGCAAACCCGGGGGUCGCGAUUCGGAUCUCGGGUUCGUGUGAAAGUGUUCUUACCGAAUUGGAGACGGACGGUUCUGGGGAAGAGGCUCUGUUGUUGCCGUGUUUAUCCGGAGGCACGUCGUCACCUCGGGGCGAGAGGCAGAAGAGGACGAGGCGGAACCGACGGAGUUCAUCAUCGGAUAAGGAUAACCUUACCUCGCCAGGUAACAGUAGCGGAGACUUUAACCAUUUCCCCGACGACCCGGAGUUUGGUGACAUCAUUCAGAGGGCGGAGCAGGCCAUCGAGGGCGGAGUCUUCCCAGAGAGAAUCUCUCAGGGUUCCAGUGGGAGUUACUUCGUUAAAGACUCCAAAGGGAAAAUCCUCGGUGUUUUCAAACCAAAGUCUGAAGAGCCUUACGGUCACCUCAACCCUAAAUGGACCAAAUACUUUCACAAGCUGUGCUGUCCGUGUUGUUUUGGCCGUGGCUGCCUGAUCCCCAACCAGGGCUAUCUCUCGGAGGUUGCUGCCUCCCUCGUCGAUACCAGGCUAGGACUGGGGGUGGUCCCCAAAACCAAGGUGAGGUGGGGGGGGGGUCUCGUCGAAACCCGGCUAGGACUGGGGGUGGUCCCCAAAACCAAGGCUGUGUAUCUGGUCAGUGAGACAUUUCACUACAACACCAUCGACAGGGCCAAGUCCAGAGGGAAGAAAUACGCCCUAGAGAUGGUUCCCAAAGUAGGACGACACUUCCACAGAGUGGGCCUGCCCCCCAAGCUUGGAUCGUUCCAGCUGUUCGUGGAAGGGUACCACGAGGCUGACUAUUGGUUGAGACGUUUUGAGGCGGCGCCUCUCCCAGAGAACAUCAGGAAACAGCUCCAGUCUCAGUUUGAGAGGCUCGUCAUUCUGGACUACGUCAUCAGAAACACAGACAGAGGGAAUGACAACUGGUUGAUCAAGUAUGAGAAGCCAGGGGAAGGAGAGGGAGAGAAGGCCAUCCAGAUAGCAGCAAUAGACAACGGCCUGGCCUUCCCCUUCAAACACCCUGACGAGUGGAGAGCCUACCCGUUCCAUUGGGCGUGUCUGCCCCAGGCUAAAGUACCCUUCUCCCAGGAGACCAGAGAGCUGGUGAUGUCCCGUCUGUCAGACAUGAACUUCGUCCAGGACCUCUGUGAAGACCUCUACGAAAUGUUUAUGGCAGAUAAAGGUUUUGACAAGACCAUGUUUGAAAAGCAGAUGUCAGUCAUGAGAGGACAGAUUUUAAACCUGAGCCAGGCGUUAAAGGAUAAUAAAACUCCCAUUCAGUUGGUCCAGAUGCCCAGAGUCGUGGUGGAGAGACGCCGGACAGGAGGACAAGGGAGGGUGGUAACAUUAGGAACAGCUUUCACCCAGACCUUCCACUGCAAGAGACCUUUCUUCUCUUCCUGGUAGAGGGAGGGAGGGAGAGAGGACAGGGGAGGGUGGUAACAUUAGGAACAGCUUUCACCCAGACCUUCCACUGCAAGAGACCUUUCUUCUCUUCCUGGUAGAGGGAGGGAGGGAGAGAGGACAGGGGAGGGUGGUAACAUUAGGAACAGCUUUCACCCAGACCUUCCACUGCAAGAGACCUUUCUUCUCUUCCUGGGAGAGGGAGGGAGAGAGGACAAGGGAGGGUGGUAACAUUAGGAACAGCUUUCACCCAGACCUUCCACUGCAAGAGACCUUCUCUUCCUGGUAGAGGGAGGGAUGGCUGGAGAGGGAGGGAGAGAGGACAGGGGAGGGUGGAGGGAAGAGAGGGAGCCUCCUCUGCAACACAAUGACCUACCCUCCUGGUAGAGAGAGAGAGAGAGGGUGAGAGAGAGAGAGACAUGAAGAGACUCUCAGAGCAUCUUUCCUCCAGAGGGAUUGGUUUGGAGUUGGACAUCACACGUCUGGGGAAACAUCCCAAAUGGGUCCCUAUUCCCUUUAUAGUGCACUACAUUAGUCCCUGGUCAAUGGGGUUAGUGCACCCUAAAGGGACUAGUGUUCCAUUUGGGACGUAUCCUGAGUGUGUUGAGCUCAGAGGAGAACCCAGGACGUCCUAAAUGGAACCCUAUUCCCUAUCCAGUCUUGCACUACGUCUGACCAGAGGCUCCCAUAGGGGCUAGUGCACUUAGGGGGAAUAUAGUGCUAUUUGGGAUACACGAACAGUGUCUUCGGGUUCUGCGCUACUGCCAAAAUCAUUUUAAUAUAAGCAUAAAGAAAAAGGCUUUUUUUUUGAAGGAAUUAAAUCAUGUUAAAAAUACAAUGUAUGUUGCUUGAAUGUAAGUUUCCAGUUUAUAUUUAAAUAGAGCAACGUGUCUCCGAGACAUUUCAACGAGAGGGAAUACUGUUGACGACGUGUCGUCCCAAAUAGCACUACUUUUGAGUGGCUUUUUUGAGGAUGCGCUCGACGGUAAUUUUUCAUAGCGAUGAAUGUAUUAACUGAUUGACGUGUACGUGUAAUUUGCUGGUGACAAUAUGCUCUUGGCUAUUAUGGGAUGGGUGGUGGGUUAAACUCCAGGUACGCUGUGCAAUAUGAUGUCAUCAGGCAGGGGGGGGACUUCCUGUUUAAAAAUGACAACAAUUAGAAUCUGCCAAGAUGGAGGCUGGGGAUUCAAUCUGAUCGCAGGUCAAAUGUUCCAGCGUUCGCGGAGAUCCCAUUCACAGGAAACGAUACGUAUGUCGGCUCAAUCGGAAAUGUGCCUUUUUAAAAGGCCUCGAAGUCUAUAAACCAACCAUCAGAUUGAAUCCCGGCCUGAUUCUUCACCCCAAAAAGUGGAACUCCUGGCAGAAUUGUAUUAUUUUGUUGUUGUGAUUUGUUGUGGUUGUCUGUAAACAGGAAGUUACCCUGCUAUGCUCGAUGAUGUCAUAUUGCUGAGUCUUCCGUUAAUCUCCCACCAAAUGGGCAGGAAAAAAGGAAAAAUAUGGACAUUCGCACACUUGCUAAACAUUUUCUACGUUCCCAUACAGCACCCUAUUCCCUACGUAGUGCACUACUUUUGACCAGGGCCAAUAGGGACAAAGUAGUGCACUACUUUUGACCAGGGCCAAUAGGGACAAAGUAGUGCACUACUUUUGACCAGGACCUAUAGGGACAAAGUAGUGCACUACUUUUGACCAGGGCCUAUAGGGACAAAGUAGUGCACUACUUUUGACCAGGGCCUAUAGGGACAAAGUAGUGCACUACUUUUGACCAGGGCCAAUAGGGACAAAGUAGUGCACUACUUUUGACCAGGGCCUAUAGGGACAAAGUAGUGCACUACUUUUGACCAGGGCCUAUAGGGACAAAGUAGUGCACUACUUUUGACCAGGGCCUAUAGGGACAAAGUAGUGCACUUUUCUUGGAUAAAAGUAGUGAACUAUGUAGGGAUUAGGGUGCCGUUGGUGACACAACCACUGUUUGGGUUUUUUCAUAAUUUAUGCAUCUUGAACUUUCUAUUCCUGCUGUAUAAUGAAUGUAAAGGUAGAAUUGUAUUUUUUUUAAAUGUUGGAAACAAUAAAUGUACAUUUGGGAUUGGUUAAA